AUGAAUCGUCAACUGUUGAGUGCAGAGCACAGCGAUUUGAGUUUGCUUGGCUACGAGGACAUUGUAGAAUGUCCAUAUAAUCGAGCCCAUCAGAUAAUGUCCUUCCGGAUGCAGACGCAUUUGUUCAAGUGCCGAAAAAACCACAAAGAUUUGAAGUACGUCAAGUGUCCGUUUAACGAAACUCACGAUAUGCCGGAACAAGAGUUGAAGUUUCAUUCGAGCGUUUGCCCUGAUCGGGAAACUUUCGACCGAUACAAGUAUUGCAUUUCAACAUCAGCUGCGACGUUUGCUCCAGAGGUCGCAGCAAGCGCCCAAGCAACGACGGAGUAUACGUACAAUCCGAAGGAUGAUAUAGAUGAAGAAUCGUGGGAGACGGGCUGUAAAGUAAGGCCAUACAAUCCGGCUGCCUACGCGCGUCGCUCUAAUGUAAUUAGAAGGUGCACCGGGAUGGCACCUUCGGAGAAGAAGGCGUUUAAGGAGGCUGAACGUCAACGCUUGGCAGAAAUGGGACGCGUCGUGCCUCCCCGAGGCGAAGAUUAA